UUAGUAGUUUCUGUAUUUCUGCAUCUGCGGUUGCUUAACCCUUCUAGAUAUGAAGAAGCUAAGGCAAAGGGCAUUGAUAAUUAUGAGAGAGAGUUGGAAGAUGCUAUUGAUAGGCUCAUUGACACCAGAAGUACUAGAGCUUUCAAAGCAGAUUAAGGAGAAAUUGAAAGAAGCUGAUCAAUAUGGUAUCAUAUUUUAGCACUAGCUUCUCUUUUAUUUUUUCAGGGAUAUCUCUAAGUUAUCACUUAAGAUCUUUUUCUUUUGAGAAAAUUUUUAUUUAUUCAUCCUUUUUUUUUUUUUUUUUAAAGUUAAAUUAACAUAGGAAGCAUCUGGCUUCUUGUGGUAUUAGUUAAGCUUUUAUGAUUUGAUUUUUGUUGAAAUCUAUCUACUUUUGAUGUUGAGUUUGAGAUUUUAUUUCACUUUUAUUCUUAAAUUCCUUGUUUUCAAAUUGCCUUUCGAAGGUUAUGUAUAAAAGGAGGGGUUUGGGUUGGGUGGGCUGCUAGUAUUUUCUAUUGAGGUUUAUAUGUACGAGGUGUGACUCUUGAAUUGGAACAAAGAUGCAUUUUCUGCCUUGCCAAUUGAUGACAAGUAAUUGAUUUGUUUUCAUUGAUUUAACGUGGUUAUUCUUCUUUGAAUUAAUUGAUUCAGAGUGCUGUCAAUUGUUGUGAAGUUUUUGUUUGUAGGUUCAACAGAUUUCAUAAAUUUUAAGAUUUUGA